AUGGCAGGGAGAAUAAGCUGCUGUCUGAAUCUUCCUCUCAUAGAUUCCAAAUCUACACAAUCAUCAUCUCCACUAGUCAAGCCAACAUCACGGAUCUCUUGGAGGAGAGCAGAGGAUGAGACAGAGCAACGGAAGAACAAUGGUUCUUUUGCUUUAGGCGUGGCGGCGAGUAUCCUGAUCGGUACGAUUCAGAUCAGUGACGUGGCGUCUGUGGAAGCUGCGGUUGUUAAAGCUCCGGUUAAAGAGGUGACACCGCGGAGGUGGAGUGACAAAAGGACAUGUCCGCCAUGGCUUGAGAACUCGCUCGAGACCAUUGUACCGGAGAAUCUUCCUCGUCCGUCGAGUCAUCGGCGUUUGGAGUUAGCCGGACUUGGUAAAGGUGAUGCGCCUCCGGUCGGUGCGGUGGUGACACGUGUCAGGUCUGCUUGUUUCUCCGUGUAA